UGAAGUGAGUUUGUUGUGGUGUGCAUUGCAUUUUGCAUAUAUCCCAUCCCAAGUUGUGAAACUGCGUGUCUUGUCUGAGUGUCUCUCAUGGCUCAAACCACUCCAAAUCAUACACAGACUGUUUCUGGGUGGGCAGCUCACGAUUCCUCCGGCAAGAUCACCCCUUUCAUCUUCAAACGAAGAGAAAAUGGGAUCAACGAUGUGACCAUAGAGGUCUUGUACUGUGGAAUAUGCCACACAGAUCUCCACCAUGUUAGGAAUGACUGGGGCAUUACCAUGUAUCCAGUAGUCCCCGGGCAUGAGAUUACAGGGGUGAUUACGAAAGUUGGGAGCAACGUGAAGGAAUUCAAGGUAGGAGAUAGAGUGGGGGUGGGAUGCUUGGCAGCGACAUGUUUGGAGUGUGACUUCUGUAAAGACUCCCAAGAGAACUACUGCGAUCAGGUCCAGUUCACCUACAAUGGCAUCUUCUGGGAUGGUAGUAUUACCUACGGUGGUUACUCCAAAAUGCUUGUCGCAGAUCAUAGGUACGUGGUGCACAUACCAGCGAACCUGCCAUUGGAUGCAACAGCACCGCUAUUGUGCGCUGGGGUGACUGUGUUCAGCCCCAUGAAAGACCACAAUCUACACCAAGCACCAGGGAAGAAGAUAGGGGUCGUCGGUCUGGGAGGUCUUGGACACGUGGCAGUCAAAUUCGGGAAAGCCUUUGGUCAUCAUGUAACCGUCAUCAGCACUUCUCCGUCCAAAGAGAAGGAGGCUAAAGAGCGUUUGGGUGCUGACGACUUCCUAGUCAGCACUGAUGCACAACAACUUAAGAAAGGCAUGAGGACGCUUGACUUCAUAUUAAAUACGGUGUCAGCUAAGCACUCUCUUGGGCCCCUCUUAGAAUUGCUCAAAGUGAAUGGAACUAUGGUGGUGGUGGGUGCACCAGACCAGCCCUUUGAAUUGCCUUCCUUCCCUAUGAUAUUUGGCAAGAGGGCAGUGAAGGGCAGCGUGAUAGGAGGAAUGAGAGACACAAAGGAGAUGAUGGAACUCUGCGGGAAGCAUAACAUAACGUGUGACAUUGAGGUUACAACACCACACAAACUCGACGCGGCCUUGGACCGCGUUGCGAAAAAUGAUGUUCGGUAUCGAUUUGUCAUUGACAUUACUGCUGGAUUACCUUCCAAUCUUUAGAAAUAAUCGUGUCAAAAAUUUGUAUGCAAUAUAAUGUGAUGUCAUUGAUUGUUUACAUUUAGUAUUGUUGUUGAACAAGUUAUAUGUCAUGGGAGGAAAUUGCAUGCAAAUUGCAAUGGGAGAUUUUGCAGGAAGCACUGUGCGAUGGAAAGUAUGUGACAUUUGAAUUAAUAAAAGAAUCGGUUUGGUCUUUGUUGUUAAUUAA